UGACACUGUCAUUCUAAGCUGUCUUCUACAACAACCUGUCUCUCUCUCUCUCUGCCCUAAGCUUUUAGAAUACAAAUACAAACGCCUUCUGCUACACAAAACCGCUCUUACUACUACAAUGCAGACAAGAACAGUUCAAGUGAAGCAAGUUUCGGAUCUAGCUGGUGAGAGAGAAAUUCACGAGUUCUUCUCGUUUUCUGGAGAAAUCGAGCACAUUGAAAUCCAAAGUGUAUCUGGGAAAUCAAAGACAGCAUUUGUGACAUUUAAAGACCCAAAAGCGCUUGAAAUAGCAUUAUUGUUAUCGGGAGCAACAAUAGUAGACCAGAUUGUGAAUAUAACUCCAGUGGAGAACUAUGUACCGAAACAUGAGAUGCAGGAAGUAAGGGUGGUAGAAAAUGCUAUAAAUGUUACUCCUGAAACUGUUUCGCUGAAUAUUGAGGAGGAAAAAGCCAGCCCCGCCAAUGGAAGAAUUUACGUUAGUAAAGCACAAGAUGUAGUUACAAGUGUGCUGGCAAAAGGUUCAGCAAUAAGACAAGAUGCCUUGAACAAAGCUAAAGCAUUUGAUGAAAAGCAUCAGUUGACUGCAAACGCAUCUGCAAAGGUCAUUUCUUUUGACAAGAGAGUUGGACUGACAGAGAAAUUAACAGUUGGCAUUUCUGUGGUCAAUGAGAAAGUGAAAUCUGUUGAUCAGAGGCUUCACGUUUCAGAUAAGACUAUGGCAGCAAUAAUUGCAGCUGAGAGGAAGUUGAAUGAUACUGGAUCAGCUGUCAAAACAAGCAGAUAUGUGACUGCUGGAACAGCAUGGUUAAAUGGUGCUUUCAGUAAGGUGGCAAAGGUUGGACAAGUUGCUGGUACUAAAACUAGAGAAAAGUUUCAUUUGGCUGUAUCAAACUUGACAACAAAGGAACCACCGGUGGUUGCAUAAGCCAAUUUUUAUUUAUUUAUGGUCACUUCAUCAAACCUUUGAUGUGGAUCUCUCUCAGAGCAUGGUUGAGUUAAAUUUGGUCAUAGAGAUUGAGUUAUU